AUGAAACGCACAUCCACCCUAAAAGCUAGCUUACCUGAGCAUAAAAACUAAACAAAAAAACAUGUAAAAGAGUAAAAAAUUUUCUUUUUGCAUAAAAAAAUACCCUCCUAAUUUCUUCCUUACCAUUUUCUCUUAGAAGUGUCGAAUUAAAACAAUUUAGACUUUUCUUCUCUUUUGUUGCUUUCGAUCUCUUAAAUAAAAAUCUUUUGUAUCUAUGUUAGGGUCUAACUAAAAUGGAGCAUUUUUGUAAUAGUAGCAGUAGAAUUUUUUAUAAAAUAAAAUGAUAAAAUCACAAUGAAGGAGAAAGCUCUCAAAAUGAAAUUUGAGGCCAUUUUGAAAAAAAAAUUAUAACAUUUAUAGAAAUUCUAUUAUAAAAGCAGACAAACAUAAAAUUUAGUAUUUGCGUCUCUAAAUUUAAAUAGAUUUGAUUUGAAAAUGUGA